CAAAGUGGUAGAAGAAAUAAACCUCGAUGGUCGAGAAAAGUCACGACGAGCGUAAUUUAUUUUAAUUUCAUUUUACACUUGUUUCUAGAUUUUAAGGAAUGCUUUUCCGUGCCAAUUUAUUCUGUAUCUUCAAGAGAGUACGCCCUUCAAAUAUUUCAUAUCAACGAUACCACAUAAACAAAAGGGUAAAAUCGAAAAAAGAAAUGGCUGAAAUGAAAAUGGCUGAGUUAAAUCCAUGGCCAUCCUACAUUCAGGACAGAAUUGAAUUAUGGAAUCAGUUUCGUGCAAAGUAUGAACAACAAUUAGCAGAAAAACAGUCAGAGCCUAUCAAAGUCACCCUACCAGAUGGGAGAGUUCUUGAAGCCCAGUCUUGGUGUACCACACCAUAUCAAGUAGCACAAGGAAUAAGUCAAGGCUUAGCAGACAACACUGUUAUAGCAAAAGUGAAUGGUGUGCUAUGGGACUUGGACAGGCCUCUGGAAAAUAGCUGUAAUCUCCAGCUGCUGAAGUUUGAUUGUGAAGAAGGUCAGCAGGUUUUCUGGCACUCGAGUGCACACAUUGUGGGUGAAGCCAUGGAGCGUGUUUAUGGAGGUUGCCUGUGUUAUGGCCCUCCCAUUGACAAUGGCUUCUACUAUGAUAUGUAUUUACAGGACCAGUGUAUCUCUAGCUCAGAUUUUCCAGUUCUUGAAAGUGUUGUCAAAUCUAUUGUGAAAGAGAAACAGCCCUUUGAACGACUGGAACUAUCAAAGGAUGAUCUACUGGAAAUGUUCAAGUAUAAUCCAUUCAAAGUCCGCAUCUUGAAGGAAAGAGUGAAAACUCCUACUACAACAGUUUACAGAUGUGGUCCGUUGAUUGAUUUGUGUCGUGGCCCUCAUGUUAGACAUACUGGCAAAGUGAAGGCCUUAAAAAUUACUAAGAACUCCUCUACCUAUUGGGAGGGGAAUGCAGAAGCUGAAACACUACAGCGAAUUUAUGGAAUUUCCUUUCCUGACAACAAGCAAUUGAAAGAAUGGCAGAAGUUCCAGGAAGAAGCUGCCAAAAGAGACCAUCGAAAGAUAGGAAGAGAGCAAGAGUUGUAUUUUUUCCAUGAACUUAGCCCAGGGAGCUGUUUCUUUCAACCUCGAGGAGCUCACAUCUACAACACUCUGUUAGAUUUUAUUAGAAGUGAAUAUAAAAAAAGAGGAUUCCAAGAAGUUAUUUCACCUAACAUUUUCAAUAGUAAACUGUGGGAGACCUCAGGCCACUGGCAACAUUAUUCUGAAAACAUGUUUUCAUUUGAACUUGAGAAAGAAAAAUAUGCCUUGAAGCCAAUGAAUUGUCCAGGACAUUGCCUCAUGUUUGAUCAUCGACCAAGAUCUUGGCGUGAACUUCCCUUAAGAAUGGCAGAUUUUGGAGUUCUUCACAGAAACGAACUUUCUGGGGCCCUGUCUGGACUAACCAGAGUUCGUAGAUUUCAGCAGGAUGAUGCCCACAUAUUCUGUGCUGUAGAGCAGAUUGCCCAAGAAAUUGAUGGAGCUCUGUCCUUUCUUCAAGAUGUUUAUACUGUGUUUGGAUUCACUUUCCAGCUGAAACUUGCAACUAGGCCAGACGAUUACCUUGGAGACAUAGAGAUGUGGAACCAAGCUGAAAAGCAACUCCAAGACAGUCUUGAGAAUUUUGGUCAACAGUGGACCCUGAAUCCUGGAGAUGGAGCUUUCUAUGGUCCAAAGAUUGACAUUACCAUCAUGGAUGCCCUAAAAAGACCUCAUCAGUGUGCUACCAUUCAGUUAGAUUUUCAGCUGCCUUUUAGAUUUAACCUUUCCUAUAUUAGUGAAAGUGGAGAGAAGAAGAGACCAGUAAUCAUUCAUCGAGCAAUCCUUGGUUCUGUGGAAAGAAUGUUUGCAAUCUUGACAGAAAGUUUUGGUGGAAAAUGGCCAUUUUGGCUUUCUCCACGUCAGGCCAUUGUUGUUCCAGUAGGGCCUAUGUUUGAUUAUUAUGCUCAGCAGGUGCGAGAUGAGGUCUAUAAUGGAGGAUUUCUGUGUGAAGUAGACCUUGAUCAGGGAACUACAAUGAACAAAAAGAUAAGAACUGCUCAGUUAGCUCAGUAUAACUUCAUAUUUGUGGUUGGGGAACGAGAAAAGAUGUCGGGAACAGUGAAUGUACGGACCAGAGAUAACAGAGUUCAUGGAGAGUACUCUGUAAUAGAAGUCAUGGAGAGGUUCCAGAAAUUAAGGGAUCAGAAAGUCAUAAAUUCAGAAGAUGAAUUUCAAAGUUAAAAACUAUAUAAAAAUGUAAUUAUUAUGAUUUAACACUAAAGACUACUAGCCAUACAAGAUUCUUGUAUAUUAUAUCAACACCAAUCUUGUUGUUUAAUCAUUGCCUCAAAACUAACGAUAAACUAUGAAGGUGUGUAAAAUAUUGAACAAUAAUGUUUCUGCUUUGUUGCUGAUAAUUGAAUUUUAAAAUAGGCUGCUAAUAAAAUUUCCUCAUUUUCUUCUUAAGUGUUGAUAAUACAGUUAGCCAAUUAUUAUUUCUUACUU